AUGGGGUCAUCGUUUCGCAUGAAGUCGUCGCAUCAUGCGGAUAUCAAAGGCAAGGGGAUCUCAUAUGAAGAUGAUGAUGCGCCAAUCAAGUUGGUGGAUCGAGACGAUUCUUUUGUCAUCAAGGAGCUUGGCUUGACCUUGAUCGGGAAGGUUCUAAACCCGAAGAAGCAGAACGUCGAGAAGCUACUUCAGACGAUGCCUGCACAAUGGGGCCUUGCAGAGAGAAUCACGGCUAAUGACCUAGGGAAUGGGAAGUUUUUGUUUAAUUUUUCGAACGUGGAGGAUCUUAACUACGUCAUGGCGAAGGGGCCAUUCCAUUAA